AUGGGUUAUGGCAUGAGUAGGCUAGAAGAUGAAUACUAUGAGCCUGAAGGGAAGAAUACUGAUGGAUCUGUCUCAGUUCAAGUGAACGAUGAGUUUGCAAAACUGCGUAACGAUAUUUUUCAUAUGACCCGAAUGAGAUCAGGACUUAGUGAAAGCUACAAGUCCAUGGGUACCAACAGAGGAAUAAUAUCAACGGCCAAGUUAUUAUCUCGAAGGGAAAUUGAUUGUUCUGGAAAGGGGACGUUCUCUUCUGGUGAUCGUGCAUUUGUUCUAGGUCGCUAUGUUCCAAUGAACGGCCCUGAAUUAUUGGAUAGGAUGGAUUCUCGUGCUUACGUUUCACAGUUUUCUGCUGAUGGUACUCUUUUUGUUGCUGGUUUUCAGGGAAGUCACAUAAGAAUAUAUGAUGCUGAUAGAGGCUGGAGCAUACACAAAGACAUUCAUGCUAGGUGUUUGAGAUGGACAAUCAGUGAUGUAUCCUUAUCACCUGAUCAGCGGUAUCUUGCCUACUCUAGUCUGGCACCUAUUAUCCAUAUUGUCAAUGUCGGAAAUGCUGCAAGAGAAUCCUAUGCUAAUGUCACUGACAUCCAUGAUGGAUUGGACUUUUCACAGCAUGAAGAUGUUCAAUAUUCGUUUGGAAUAUUUUCCGUGAAAUUUUCCUCUGAUGGACGGGAACUUGUUGCUGGCAGCAAUGAUGAAUCAAUAUAUGUCUAUGACCUCCAUGCAAACAAAUUGACAUUACGUUUACCUGCUCAUACAUCUGAUGUCAAUACAGUAGCAUUUGCUGAUGAAACCGGCCAUCUCAUAUAUUCUGGAAGUGACGACACUUUAUGCAAGGUCUGGGACAGGCGGUGUUUGUCCACAGGACAAGCUGCUGGAGUUUUGACUGGACAUUUGCAUGGGGUAACACACAUUGAUAGUCGUGGAGAUGGCCGAAGUUUCAUAUCCAAUGGAAAAGACCAAGCAAUCAAACUGUGGGAUGUCAGGAAAAUGACGUCCAAUGCUGAUAGUAGUGCAGAUGGAGCCCCAACUUGGGACUACAGAUAUUCAAGGUAUCCGCAGCAGCAUAAACAGUUAAAGCAUCCGCAUGAUCAGUCAUUAGCGACAUACCGUGGACAUUCAGUCCUCCGGACAUUGAUCCGUUGCUACUUUUCUCCUGCUUACAGCACUGGGCAAAAGUACAUAUAUACAGGGUCGUAUGAUUCCUGCGUUCACAUCUAUGAUGUGGUAAGUGGAUCGCAAGUUGCGAAGCUGAAAUGGCAUCAAAUGGCGAUUCGUGACUGCAGUUGGCACCCAUUUGAGCCCACGCUUGUGAGCUCAUCCUGGGACGGCCGUGUAGCGAAAUGGACCAGUGCACGUGAUCAAGAGGCUUCUGAUGUCGAUUGA